UCUGACCGAAAACUGGCUGUGUAACAGCCGGGAAGAAUCCAAGUCACGUGAUCAUAUCUCAAUACUGGAUGUUUCCUCUUCUAUUUUCUGGAGAUACAGAAGCAUAACCAGAUCGGUGAUUUAAACUUUAUUCGUAAUUUUAAUUGUUUAUACUAAACAAUACAUUUCUAUUGUUAGUAAACAAUGAAAAGACAACGAUAAAAACGAUUUUGUGGGUUAGAUUAGUUUGAAGAUAACUGUAUGAACCGGUAAGACCUGUUAAAUGAUAACAUGAUAAAUGCUCUAUGUUGCUAGCUGAAAUUGUAAGUUUGUGUUUGAUCAUAAAUACAACAUGACUCCCACCGAGACCCUACGACCAGCCUUGCGAUGGAGAUUUUUCUGGGAUUAAUUGUGGUACUGACCAUACAUUCUGGGAUAUAUGGCGACAAGAAAGUGGCGAUGUCCGAGGACGAGAGAUUAGAGGCAAUAGAAGAGCACUUAUUUGAGCACGUGUUACAGGAAUACCCAGAAUUCGCUACCGUGACCGGAUGUGACGUAUACGAUCAAAAUCUGACAUCAUACACACAGGAGGCAUUCACAAGGAGAAAGAUUGCUAAUGAAGAAAUGGUUGCUGACCUUAAAUCUCUCUCCAAACACAAGCUGUCCAGACAACACAAGAUGCGGUACACGAUCAUUAUGGACCACUUACAGACAUUUCUGGAGGGCUACAGAUGGCGAGAAUUUGGAAAUCUUAACCCCAUCAACGUCAUGGAGUCCUUAUAUUCAAAAAGUAGAAGUUGGUUCUUGCCUAAAGGAGGUUUGCAGCAACAUUUUCAACGAUAUCGGGGGCGAUUCGCUGGUUAUCCAAAACAGGCGACAGAUCUCAUCAACUUGAUGAAGAGGGCCAUACAUCUUAAAAGGACAAAUCAUAAAUAUGCCAUGGGGCGCACACACGAGAUGAAUGAAUGGUUCAAUAGCAUGAUGAUGUUACUGCGGAAUGAGGAUGAAUUUUAUGCUAUACCGCGAUAUGAACAAAAGGAAGUGUUUAACCUGUUGAAGCAGCUACAAGACACGAUAAUGGAUGUUCGGAGAUUCCUGAUGGGUGAAUACCUGCCAAAUACACGACCUGAUCCAGGUGUGGCGACACUACCCCAAGGGCUUGAAUACUACGAGGCGUGUAUCAAAUACCACACAGGCCUACCACUAACAGCUGCCGAGGUGCAUUCUAUUGGGCUAAAGGAAGUGGGACGCAUUCGUCUAGAAAUGCAAAAGGUGAUGGAUAACUUGGAGUUUAAUGGAACAUUGACCGAAUUCUUUAACCGCCUUAAAACUGUGCCAGGAUUGUACAAUCUCACACAGGAUGAAUUGUUAUCAGAGAAUGAGUACAACAUCCAUGAACUGAUAGAACCUCGGCUCUGGGAUAUAUUUAAACCUAUAGAGCACGUUCCUGUCAGAGUUGAAGGAACAAGGUUGGCAAGAUUUCCCUGGGGAGGUUAUAACAAUGGAACAUUUGGAGUGAACAUUCUGAUGGCGGAAAAAAAACCAGUCUUUAUAAUGAUGCCCCUUUCCCUUCACGAAGCUGACCCAGGCCAUCACUUCCAGGAUAUCUACCCGAAUGUCCCAGACCUACCGAGGUAUCGACAGUGGAUUAAAUUUGGAGAGUGGCACGCCGUUCCAUUCAUGUACCCUUCCUAUACAGCAUACAUAGAGGGCUGGGCUCUUUACAGCGAAUACCUUGGCGAGGAAAUGGGACUGUACAACAAUACCUAUGACCUAUUCGGACGCUAUGUGUUCGAGAUGUUUCGAGCCAGCCGAUUGGUUGUGGAUACCGGAAUACAUGCGUAUGGAUGGAGUAGGGAUGACGCUGUGGAGUACAUGAUGAAUCACACCGGUCUUGCUAAGGAAACGCUCCUUCGUGAUGUCAACCAAUUCCUUGCUUGGCCAGGGCACGCAUGCGCGUAUAAGAUUGGCGAACUGAAGAUCAAAGAACUCCGCAAUAUUUCUGAGAGCAGAUUAGGAAAACUGUUCAACGUGAAGGAAUUCCAUGACGUCAUAUUGAGAAUCGGUCCAGUUUCGCUGGGAGUUCUGCAGGACAUAGUGGACGAAUGGAUUACUGAGACUUUGUUGUUAGCCUCCAGUGUCGCCACCAUCGGCACAUUUUUAUCUGUGUCACAGACUGUAGUUCUGAUCUGUCUCGUCUCCGCAAUCAACCAAGUCUUAGUCCAUUAGACAGGCCAUUGGUGGAGUCUCGUCAAAUUGGGCAUCCGUCAUAUUGCAUUUGACAGACUCUAGUCAAAAUGUUUCGUCAACCAUCUCCACCAAAAUAGAGUUUGAUUGACAGGUUCUAGUCGAACUGUUUCGUCAACCAGAUCCACCAAAAUAGAGUUUGAUUGACAGUCUUUGGUCGAGCUGUGUCGUCAACCAUUUCCACCAAGAUACAGUUUGAUUGACAGGUUCUGGGCGAGCUGUUUCGUCAACCAUUUCCACCAAGAUACAGUUUGAUUGACAGGUUCUGGGCGAGCUGUUUCGUCAACCAUUUCCACCAAGAUACAGUUUGAUUGACAGGUUCUGGGCGAGCUGUGUCGUCAACCGUCUCAACCCACAUGGAGUUUGACAGUCUGUUGUCGACCUGUUUCGUCAGCCAUCUCCACCAUGACAGAGUUUGAUUG